AUGCUCGCAGCCCACACCGUGAUUCUCGCGCUAGUCGCAGCACUUGCCGGUCAAGCCAUCGCAGGACCUAUAUCUCUUGUGCGCCCCAUUUCCGAACGAUCGCCGGAACCCGUAGACACGAUCGUUGCUUACGCAAAGCGCCAGAUCCCCGCUGAAGUUCCUACCAAGUCCCCGGCGGGAACGAUCGUGCCAUACAGCAAGAGGCAAAUCCCAGCAGAGGUCCCCACCAAGUCGCCGGCUGGGACGAUCGUACCUUACAAUAAGAGGCAGAUUCCUGCAGAGGUACCAACCAAGUCACCCGCCGGGACGAUCGUGCCGUACUCGAAACGCCAGAUCCCCGCUGAGGUUCCUACCAAGUCGCCCGCCGGGACGAUCGUGCCGUACAGCAAACGCCAAAUCCCUGCUGAGGUUCCCACUAAGUCUCCGGCGGGUACGAUCGUACCAUACAGCAAGCGUCAAAUCCCUGCCGAAGUAGCGACCAAAGCUCCCAAUGGUCAGAUUGUGCCAUACAAUAAGAGGCAAAUCCCUGCUGAGGUCCCCACCAAAUCUCCUGCUGGUACAAUCGUGCCAUAUUCGAAACGCCAAAUCCCCGCUGAGGUCCCCACUAAGUCGCCUGCCGGUACAAUAGUCCCUUACAGCAAGAGGCAAAUUCCUGCCGAAGUAGCAACCAAAGCUCCCAAUGGCCAGAUUGUGCCGUACAACAAGAGACAAAUUCCCGCCGAAGUCCCUACUAAGUCUCCUGCUGGCACUAUUGAACCGUACUCCAAUUAA